CGUUCGGCGAGCGUGCUAUCAGCUGUUAUCAGUACGUCAUUUUGUCUUUAAUUAUUUUACGUUUCAUAAACGAUAAAGAUAAUGAUGCCAUAGCGCUGCCAGAGCGCCGAACGUAGCAUAAAAGGGCGACUCCAUAAUCCAUAUUCUAACGCAAGAUACGUGACUAACAGAGCAUACCGAGUGGUAUCAGGACACCCUGUAUAACGGCAAGUAAGAAAAACAAGAAAAAAAUACCGGCAAUUAUUAGGUAAUGUGACGAGUCGCAGAGUUCAAGGGGAAAAAUGGGCCAGCGAGUAUCGAGGACGGAUUUCGAGUGGGUCUACACCGAGGAGCCGCAUGCCGCGCGGCGUAAAAUAAUUCUAGAGAAAUAUCCAGAAAUUAAGCAGUUGUUUGGCUAUGAUCCAAAUUUCAAAUGGAUUGUCACUGGAAUGGUAUUAGUGCAGUUUCUAUCGUUGUUUAUCGUUAAAGAUUUGAGUUAUCCAAAACUUUUGCUAUUAACAUACUGUUUUGGAGGUGUGAUAAAUCAUUCUCUUAUGCUUGCGAUACAUGAGAUAGCUCAUAAUCUUGCCUUUGGACAUGCCAGGCCUAUGGCUAAUCGACUGUUUGGCUUUUUUGCAAAUCUGCCAAUAGGAAUACCGAUAUCAAUCAGUUUUAAAAAAUAUCAUCUCGAACACCAUCGUUAUCAGGGAGAUGAAAAAUUAGAUACAGACUUGCCAACAUUAUUAGAGGCGAAAUUAUUUUGUACAACUUUUGGGAAAUUCUGUUGGAUACUAUUACAACCAUUUUUCUAUGCAUUCCGACCUUUUGUAGCGUAUCCAAAAAUACCAACUUCCCUUGAGUAUAUAAAUGUAGUUAUACAAUUGACGUUUGAUGGCUUACUUUGGUACUUUUUUGGCGGUAAAGUAUUGUUUUAUCUGAUUAUUGGGUCUCUUCUGGCAAUGGGAUUGCAUCCGGUGGCAGGACAUUUUAUAUCGGAACAUUAUAUGUACAGAAAAGGUUUUGAGACAUACAGUUAUUAUGGCCCUCUAAAUUUCAUUACUUUCAAUGUUGGAUACCACAAUGAACAUCAUGACUUUCCUGCGGUGCCUGGUUCGAGAUUACCAGAAGUAAAACGUAUAGCCGCAGAAUUUUACGAUAAUUUGCCGCAGCACAAUUCGUGGGUUUCUGUUUUGUACGAUUUCGUGGUGGAUCCUGAAAUUGGACCAUAUGCAAGAACGAAGAGAAGGCAUCGAGGAUUGGAUGGAUAGAUUUUCUAAGCUUCUUAGCUUUUUUAAGAAUAUAUCAAAUAAGAUUUAUACAUUAUCAUUUCUGCAUAUUGCUAAGCAGAAUUGCAUAUUUAUUAUGGCACAAUUAAAAAAUUGCUAUGCUAUUCGGGAUAAUACAUGAGGGCUUAUGCUGAAAGGUAUAUAAGCAUAUUUGCCUGCAUUGUAAUGUAAAUUCAGGGAAAAUUUAGAGAUAAUAAUCUAUGGGCAAGCAAAAUUUUUCAAUUCUUCUAUUAAGUUGUUCUCGUCUCAUGAAAAUUUUGAAUCUUAUUUCUAGUCACUGCGAAUAACUUUUGAUUAAUUAUUCGUGUCAGUUAAUAUGCAGUAUUCUUUUCUGUUCAAUAAAGUAGAAAAAUGGGCAUUCUAAUGCAAUUUUGAUCAACUGAAACUGGCUAUCAUUUUUAUUUUAUCUAAUAUAUAAUAUCUAAAUUAAUUACAAUUUUAUAAUACUAAUACCAUUAAAGUUCUAUCUUGAUGUGAUUGUACAGAAUACAAAACUUUCAAUUAAAUGUUAGCUCAUGAAAA